AUGCAACCUGGGGAAUCCGUACAAGACUGGCCUUCAAAUCAGGAUCCUCCUCUACUGCCGCCUGACGCCUUCCGCGACGCGCCUGACGAGCCACUACCUCCUUUGCGCAUCAAAAUCCCUUUGAAGGCCCCUGCUAUGGCCCCUAAUACCCGUUCGUCAACACGCCAGCGUACCGUCUCGAACGCCUCUGGAUCCGAGUAUCACGAGAGCAAUGCCUCUCAAGACGCGGACGCAGAGAUGCCUCCAGCAGAGAACAAUGAGCCGGAAGAGCCGGAAGUCAAAUACACUGUCACAUCGCGGGGACGCAAAAUUGCGCGGCCGAAGAGCUACAAAGAGUCGGCGAGCGAGGACGAGCCUAUCCCGACAGAGGUUCUGCCGUCCCCGGUGAAGCACGAAGACUCAUUCGGCGACGAUGAGGACGACGAGGCUCCGCAUUACCGGACCCGGAGCCGCACUACUCGCCCCCAGCCGAAGUUGGGCAACUUCAUCGUCAGCGACGAUGAGGGCGGCGCCACCGUCGGCCGCUAUAACACGCGCAAUCGCAGCAAGAACACGUCCUCGGCUCCCAUGCAGAACGGUAUCGCCAAUGAUAGUCGCCUCACUCGUCGUUCGGGCACUCGUCCACAGGCGUCGUCUUCGCGAGUCACACGCCGCAUGAGCGCACGCAAGCCGCGAUCAAACGGGCAAACGCCCCACGACGAGGAGGGAUAUGUCGACGAAGGGUCCUCUGGCUCCGUUGAUGCAGAUGGUUCGUUCGACGAUGCAGUGCGCACGUCUUCUGAACCUGAGCCAGACGAUGAUAUAGAUGCGGACGGUGAGCCAGACAUCGAAGGCGAUCUCGAGCCAGAGCCUGAACAAGACGGGCGGCCAUAUGCUCUGCGCCAGCGGGCGAAGAUCAACUAUGCGAUCCCUCCUCCACUCGAAGAGAUGCCUCAGCCACCGAAGCCGCGGUCAGGUGGGGGACGGGCAAGCGGGCGCACUGGAGGCGGGGGACGUAAAGUCCCUGGAUGGAGCGCAACGGGGGCAGAGCUGAGUCGGUGGAUGGGCGGUGGUGGGGACGACUCGGACUCCGAUCACGUUGGACGUACGCCUAGAAAGCCAUUCGGCGCGACAGGCGGAAUGGGUGGUGUCUUCGCUGGAGGCGCGGGUGCUAGCGGUGGCCUCUUUGCGAGUGACCUUGCUGCUGCUGCAGGUACGCCGUCUAACUUGGGCAAAGUCGGGGAUGCAAUCCUUGCGGAUGCAGACCCUCUUGGUGUGAAUCAGAAUGUGACGUUCGAUGAAUACUUGCCAAUCACAUUAGAUAUCAACUCGUUGAAGGAGAUGACCCUUUUACCGUUGCUCUAUCCAGAAGUAUUCCAGCAGUUUGGUGUGACGCCACCUCGUGGUGUCCUCUUCCAUGGUCCACCUGGUACGGGUAAAACUCUGCUUGCGCGAGCUUUGGCUGCAAGCUGUCGGUCGAACGGAAAAAGCAUCUCUUUCUUUAUGCGUAAGGGGGCCGACUGUCUUUCCAAAUGGGUCGGCGAGGCUGAACGUCAGCUCCGUCUGCUGUUCGAGGAGGCCCGGAACCAGCAGCCCAGUAUAAUUUUCUUCGACGAGAUCGAUGGCCUCGCCCCCGUGCGGUCAUCCAAGCAAGAUCAAAUACAUGCAUCGAUUGUGUCGACUCUACUUGCGCUAAUGGAUGGCAUGGACGGACGUGGGCAGGUCAUUGUCAUUGGCGCAACGAACCGUCCAGAUGCCAUUGACCCUGCGUUGCGCCGUCCAGGACGGUUUGACCGCGAGUUCUACUUCCCGCUGCCGACCCUUGAAGCGAGGGAACGCAUCCUGCGGAUCAUGACGAAGAAGUGGGCUGGUUGGGAGAGCGAGAAGGGCGAGGAGAACGUCCGUGGUCUGGCGAAACUGACCAAGGGCUAUGGUGGUGCUGAUUUGCGGGCCUUGUGCACGGAAACUGCAUUGAACGCGGUGCAGCGUCGGUACCCACAGAUCUACAAGACGAACGACCGGCUCUUGCUUAAGCCAGAAACUAUUGAGGUGGAGCUUCGCGACUUCAUGAUCGCGAUCAAGAAGUUGGUGCCUUCAUCCGCGCGAUCCAUUUCGUCCGCUGCCUCCCCUCUCCCGCAACAGCUUGUGCCACUGCUUCAAACUCCUUAUGAGAGGGCGAAAGAUGCUAUUGCGAAGGUGCUUCCCGUGAGCAAGAAGCGCACAGCUCUGGAAGAAGCCGAAUGGGAGGACGAGAGCAACGAGGGCGCUCUUGAACGCGAAUUAAUGAUGCAGUCGAUGGAAACACUGCGUGUCUACAGGCCUCGGGUCGUCUUGUACGGCUCUGUAGGAAUGGGCCAAGAGUACGUUGCGGCUGCUGUGCUACACCACCUGGAAGGCUACCACGUUCAAAGUCUUGACCUCGGCACUCUGAUGGGUGAUUCUACACGAACGACGGAAGCAGCAAUAGUGCAGCUGUUUGUAGAAGCCAAACGACACCAACCAUCGGUGAUCUACAUACCUUCGCUGGUUGGAUGGUCUGCUGCAGUGUCCGAGACAACACGAACAACUGUUCGGGCCAUGCUCGACACACUGGCUCCCACUGACCCGAUUCUCCUCCUUGCCGUUGUCGAUGGUUCCUUUAGCUCUUUACCACGCGACGUCCGGGGUUGGUUUGGAUCAACACGUGAAAAUCGCAUUGAGAUCCCGAGACCCAUAAUCUCGCAGAGAGAAGAGUUCUUCGAAGGGCUGCUGAGUGAUAUUCGACGACCUCCGAAUCAUUUUCCUGAUGGUAUUAAGCGCCGGAAGCGAGUCUUGGAAGAGCUCCCGAUCGCACCUCCCUUGGAGCCUCGGCAACCUACGGCUGCAGAACUUGCAGUUCAGGAAGACAAUGAUCAACGAGUGGUUACGUUGCUCAAGUAUCGCUUGGGGCCGAUCUUACAGGAGCUGAAACGGAAGUUCAAACGUUUCACGAAGAGGGCUGUCGAGGAGUACAACUAUGAUUUCGAUGCUCCGAGAGGAGUCAGUCAAGUUGACAUCGUGACAACCAGUGUGGAAGUUCGAACGGAUGCUGACGGUGUCAUCGAAGUAUUGGAGCAGCAACAGGAACAACAUACCGAGCAAGUUGUUGAACAACCACAGCCCAACGGCAUCAAUGGUCACCAAGAGCCGCCCCCAGCGCCUGCCCUGCCGCCUGAGCCGGAACUCUUCGACGUCGAUCUAGAGCGGAUGCAUGUAGAUCUGUAUCGUAACAAGUAUCUGACACCAGAUGACUUCCUCGAUGAUAUUCGCCGAAUCGUUCACAAUGCUCAGGUGCGAAUGCAUGAAGAUCCAGAACGUCUAUUCAGAGCAAAAGCCAUGCUCACCGCUGCUGAGGUCAGCAUCAAUGACUUCGACCCAUCUUUCAGGCUUGAAUGCCAGCGUAUGGCAUCUCGGGAGCGGAAACGGAGGGAGGAAUAUCGGAAAAAGAAGGAGGAAGAGAAGAUGAAAGCGGCUGCGGAGAACGGUCGAAAUGGUACAUCUUCGCAGGUCUACGCUCCUGGAACGCGGCGCAGCGCUCGUCACAACGGUCAACAACCGGAGAUCUCGAUCACUGAUCCCCUGCAAUUGGAGCGUAAACUCAAGAGGCAACGGUCCACGUCAGCUGCGGCCACUCCUUCGGACGACGAGUCAGGCGAACGGGGACAAAAGCGUUCUAGACUCGCGAGCGAGGAUAACGAGCAUGAUCCACUGGAUCUCCUUGGAUCCGCAUUGUCUCCUGAGCGGCAAGGCUCAGUACGUUUUGCUGAUCAGGUUGAACGUGCGCCCACGCCACCACAACACGGCCAGAUCCUCGUAACGGAGCAGAACGUGCCCUCGAUUGAACCCUUACGUCGAAAUGGUGGCUUCGACCCAUCCCUCCUGAAUCCCCUUCCCUCUCCUGGGGUUGCUAUGGCUGGACCAUCCACCAUCGCAGUCGACGCAGAACACAACCCAUUCCUCUCACCAUUUCCGUAUAGACCCGAACAGGGACCUGAUGUUACGACUCAAUUCCAGCCGCAAUUCAACUUCCCGCCUGUACCAGAAGCCGCCCAAUUGCUCGUUUUACCCAUACCCUCACCGGGGUUACCAGUGCCGGAACCGCCCGCAUCACUGUUGGAACAGACGCCGGUAUCACCCACAGAACAACUCGAACAGGCUGCCGACGUUUCGAUGGAAGAUCCGCGUCCAACAACACCUCUCCCAGACUUCUUCGUCGACGAUGCAUUGCUAUCUACUCUGAAGCAUAGCUUGUGCGAUAGCACUGCCGCAUUGAAUGUGGAGGAGCUCGAACAGCUACGAGCUACUUGCCUUAGCUGCGUCUGGCGACAUCGUACGGAAUGGGAUCGGACUAAUCUCAUACAUGAAUUGAUGCAUAUCGUGCAAGAGUUCGUCCACGAAGUCUCACUAGAUGAGAUGGAAUCAUAG